ACCGGUCAUUUAAACAAAAUUCAGUUUUAAUUCUAACAACAUCUUUCAGAAUUUCACGAUUAACGUGGGAUUGCAUUUACCAAACUUUACGUACAACAGGAAAUUUAAAAUACAAGCUAUUAUUUCGAAGGUGACCGGAAUCCACUAAGAGUUGAACAGGGAGUGGUUGAGGAAAUCAGUGGUGGUAGAAACAGGUUGGUGUAAUGGCUGCGAGAGGAGAAACUGGUCCUCCUGUGGCAGCACCAAAGGGUAACAGAAGAAGAAGAAAUAGCAUGGAUCAACCUCCAUCAGUUUCAGACUUGAGACUGGUUCUUGUUGGGAAGACUGGACAAGGAAAGAGUUCCACUGGAAACACAAUAUUGGGAAGAAAUGCUUUCACAGCAGCAACAGCUGGCCAUUCCUCAGUGACCAGUGAAUGCAGCAAACAGAGUGAAAAGAUGUUCGACCAGACGGUUUCUGUCGUUGACACUCCCGGCCUCUUUGACACCUCCCAGUCUGAUGAUACGGUUAAGAGAGAAAUUUCCAAAUGCAUCAACAUGUCGGCUCCGGGACCCCAUGCUAUUCUGCUGGUCAUCAAGGUGGGACCUUUCUCAGAUGAGGAUAGAGAGGCGGUAAAAAAGGUGGAAGAGAUUUUUGGAGCGGAUGCCUGGAAAUACACCAUCAUCCUCUUCACCCAUGGAGAUAAAGUUGUUUCAGACUUUGAACGGAUGUUGGAGAACGCCGGACCUGAACUUCAAGAUAUCCUGCAGAAGGCUGGAAACAGACACCACCUCUUCAAUAAUCUCAAAGCCAAUGAUCGUCGACAAGUUCUCAGUCUUCUGGAGAAGGUGGAGAAGAUGGUGGAUGCCAAUGGAGGAGAGUUCUACUCCAAUGACACUUACAAGGAGGCAGCAAAGAUGCUGGAAGGGAGAGAGAGAGAGCUCAGAGAGUUUUAUGAGAGGAAACUCGAGGAUAAAAUGGAAGCUGUAAAGGCAGAGUAUAAGGAGCAACUGAAACAAGCUCAACAUGAAAAAGACCGGGUGGAGAAACGUCUGCUGUCUGAGAUAGAGGAGUUGAAGCGGUACUACCACGUCUUAGAGAGCGGAAUUCGUCAUGUCAUAGAGCAGAUGAACAAAGAAGAUGAUAUUGAACUCCUGAAGAAGUUUGAUGAAGUCCUGAAACUGAACUGAACAAAGAUAUGAAAAAGCCAUUUGUCUUCCUCUUACAUCAUAAAUCAUGAUGACACUAUAUGAUUUAGGCCUUCCUUACAUUAUCAUGAAAGCCCUUGUUUUGUCAGCUCUGGAGGAGCUGAGUCACUGAGGUAACAGGUAAUGGUGGAUGUGCUAAUGCCAGGUGAGAUGGUGGAAGGUAACAUGAUUUAACAGCAGGGGUGUUGGUGUUUGGGCAGGUUUGCUACAGGAAGAUAAAAAUGGCAUCACUAAACCGGUUUGCUAUUUCCCAGUCCUUACCUGUGUGUGAUGACCUCUGUCUUAUUCUUUUUUUUUUUUAUUGCUUGUUCGUUAUUGUCGUGGUUUAGUUUGUUGCAUCACCAAGACAGAUGUUUAUCUGGCUUAGCGAUGCUGUAAUGGCGAUGUGCUUAUGUCCAUUUAUAUUUUUAUGUUUAUGUUUGUACUAAAUAGGAUUGGGAGGGAAGGAGGGUGCAUGCAUGUUGUCUGAGAGAGAGAGAGAAUAUGAUAAUGUGUGUUUUUACUUAUAAACAAACUGUUAGGUUAAACGUUAGGUAAUAUAUGUGGGUGACGACUUGCGUUUUUAAUAUACAAAAAUGUUUUUAUAGUUUAAAGCACUCUGUGAUACUUUUUUGUAUAAAAAGUGCUUUGUAGAUUUUUUUUUUAUUUAAUUUAUUUCAAUAUGAAUGUCUUCACAACCCCAACUUAAAAAACUGUUGGGUCACUGUGUAAAAUGCAAAUAAAACAGAAUACAAGGA